UCAAGCGCACCAAGUCGCCUGCCACUCCACUCGAAAACUCGAACCGCUCGGGAUCGGAUACUAGUGGUAUUACGCCAGUGGUAUUAUUCGGCGGCCAUGAAUCUGCGGUAUAUCUGCACUGUCGCCCUCGUGCCGACGCUCUGCGUGCUGCUGGUGCUUCUGCUGGAGUUCGUGGAGGAGGGCCUGGCCCAGAGCUCCGAUCCACUGUUCGAGCUCCCCGUCCAGUUGGUCGGAUUCCCCGUAAUCGUGCUCUCCGUCCGCCUUUCCCAGUUCGCCAAGAAGCUGGCCUACUCCCUCAGUCCCAGUACCUAUAGAUCUCGCAGCAGGAGGGACGUAGCACACCCGCUGGCCCUUGACGCUGAGCUGGCCCAGAAGCAGAUCAUAGCUGAGUUCGGACCUCAAGCCUGCAUUCUGGAGGAGCCGUGCCGCGUCCACGCCUCUCGACACUUGGGUAGUAGUGAAAGGCGGGUUCCCGGCGAUGGAAGGGCAAAGCCACAUGGCGCCUGGUCAGAGGUUUUGAGGAACUACAAAGUGCAAUCGGGCGUCAGUGGGAUGAAACAAUGGUACCUGCUGUCCCUGUUCAUCGGCGAUGCUGUCCGGGAUGUGCCGCUCUGCAAGCACCUGGCCAAGAGGAUGCCCUGUCCGGGAGUCGGACCUCUGCCGCCGCCCCAGCCACGAUGAGGAUCUGGUCGGUUCCACCUCCUCUGGGGGACUUCACAUUAAGGGAGGAGGAGGAGCAGCAUCCGGAUGGAGUCCCCUUAGUCAGUCACAUCGGACAUCUUUGUUAAUCAUCCAUCUUUCAGCACUCGCAUCCCGCAGCCAUGUGCUGUCCCCGUGCACCCCAUCAUUUUGUUGUACUUUUAGUUGCUUUUAAGGGUUUUAAUUUAAACGAACGCCCGCCAACAGACGUAGGCGCUUAGAUUUAUGAGUAAGCAAAUAAAUAAAGAAACCAGCUGGAAAAAAUCAACCCGAAAUUUGUGUGUUCUAUGCCAGGACAUGUCUGGACUCCCUCAAUUUUCCGCUCGGACAAUGCAUUUCCCGUUCCCCAUUUCCUCGCCGACGGAAGGAGCAAAAAAUUGAUACUCCAAAGGGCGUGCAGCAAAAAUUCUGGUUGCAACGCCACUCGCAAUUUGUUGACGCAAGGCAUUAAGAUGCUGGGGAAGGGGAGCCCGAAUAUCCUGUACAUGUUCUAGUUGGGCAUAUAGGGAAAUUUCUUAAAGGCAUACCGUAUUAAAUAAAAAGCAAAAAUAGCUUAGAAAACCAAAUUCAA